UCGAUGAAAAUCCGACAGGAGUGCGUCUUUUAAAGAUUUUCCCCAUUCUUAAAAAAAAAAAAUUAAAUGAGUCUGUAGCAACCGGAAUGAUGUGCAGCGCAGUGGAAGACCAAAUGAGAUGAAUAUGUCAGAGCUUUGAAAUAUUGUCAACCAAAAGUAUGCGAAUUAACAGAAAUUGUAGGCAUUUCAAAAGGUGCUGUAUAUCGCAUAUGCGAAUAAUUUGUAUAAGCAACGAGGGAGACGGGUGCCAAUUGUUCACAAUUGAUCAAAAACAACUUCGUGAAGAUGUUUCAGCUGCAUAUUUUGUCAUGUUUCUCCACACCAAAGCCGAAUUUUUGUGUCAAUUCAUAUCAAUGAAUGGGUUCACAAUUUCACACCUGAGACGAAAGAAUAGUCAAAACAAGAGAUUAAAAGGGGAAAUCGGCUUGUGCUCCGCUUGUUGGAAAGAAUUUAUACAACCGAAUUGGAGUAAUCACCUUAGGACAACAGGUCGGCUUGAACAGUUUAUUGUAGAACCUAAGUGCCAGUGGGGUCAUCGAAAAUAUAAAGGAAAAUGUAGAAAAACUAUAUAUGGCCUGAGACUAUUUAAGUGUAAAAAGGAUUACCGAUAUGUGACUGGAAAAUGCCAAAAAGAAUUUAACAAAGGACAUUAAUUAAAUUCUGAUCAUAGAAUAUACGUCAAUCCUAUUCUACAAUACCAUCUAAAUGCCAAAGGGUUUAACAAAGUUUUAAAGAAAGUUUAUGUAUGUAUUGUAUAACAUUAUUUAAAUUUGUAUUUAAAUAUAUUUUUAAUAUAUUCCCGUAA